UAUAUACUUGAGCGCAGCUUGGAAAUAUUAAAGGAAUACAUAACACAAUAUACGCAGAGAUGUAUAGCUGAAAAAGCGCUGUUAAAAGAUAGUUAUUAGUGAGUGAAAAAUAUUUGUAGUGUAAAAUAAUAAAUAGUAAAAAAUAUUAGAAAUAAUACUCAAAGUAAUAAGACAUAGUUAACAAUAUAUUCUCCUUAUAUCUGUAUACAAAAAAAGCAUAUAAAUUCGAAAACAAAAAAUUAUAAUUAUGGCUUUAACAAAUUUUGUAAUCCUGCAAAUUAUUUAUAUUAUUAUCUUGUGCAUCUGUAUAAAUGCUAAUAGUACCGAGAAACAAUCAUCAGAAUUAAAGGAGCAAAAAAUUGCAAAUUUAACAGCUUCUGGAAUGGAUGAACCAGAAUUGUUUUACAAUUUAACGCAAAUAGAUAAUUUUGAUAAUAGAAAUUGUACGAAUCUAAAAGAAAAAAUGACAAUUCUUUAUAAAUAUAAAAAAUCUAAAAGAAAUAAUAAUUUUGCUGGAUAUUUUCCUGAUGAGCUUAAUGAUUCAUUUAAUGAAUAUCAAAAUGGAAGUAUACCUUCGCUAUUAAGAUUUGAAGAUUUUUUUGCAAUUCAACAUUAUACGAAUCGUGGUUAUCAAAGAAUAAAUAAAAAUACAGCUGAAGGUAGACGAAUGAAAAAUGCCUUUUAUAGAUUAGCAAUUAUACAAUCAAGAUAUGAAAAUAAUUAUAAUACUAAAUUAUUUAAAGGAUUUGGUAAAUCAACAAUGUGGUUUAAAGAACAAUUUAAUAAUAAAACAAUAAAGGAAUUUCAAUUUAAUGGAUUUAAUUCAACAUCACCGGAUGAAAAUACAGCAAAAAGAUAUGCAAUUGAAAGAGCUGGUAGCUAUCAACAAAAUAUGACUGCAGCUAUUUUUGAAAUGAAUUUUUCAAAACCAUUUUUGAGUGCAAAUAUUGAUAAUAUAACUAUCUAUAGCUAUGACAAGGAAAUAAUUCUAUUACCGAAUACUAAAUUCAAAUUCGUUGAUGCAAUUUGGAAAAAUGACGAUUCAGGAAUUAAUUUAAAAAUAAAAUUAACAUAUAGCAAUGAAAAUAUGGAAUUAUUCGAGCAACAGAAGAAAGUGAUGAGGAAAUUUAAAAAAUUGCGUGAAUCUGGUACCCAAUUUUAUGUAGAUUGUUAGAAAUAAAAUAUAUUUGUCAAUGUGAUUUUUAUAUACCGGAUAUCCUAAAAAAAAAUUUUGUAAUCUAAUGUUUUUUCGUUUUUUUAAACAAAAAAAAGGGGGGGAAUUAAAAAAAAAAUUUUAGAGGGUCCGGAACAUAAAAAUUACUCUGUAAUUAAAAAUCUUUCCAAUAAUUAUUUAGUUUGUUAGCUUUUGUUAUUAACUUUUCAAAAUUCUUCUACUUGUUUGAAAAAUUGAUUGUUUAUCGUUUCAAAGUAUUUGACACUGAAAGAAAAUAAUAUUAAUAACAAUUAAU